CUCGAUCCCACAUUAUGAUUUGUUAAUGAAUAUACUAUGCAUGGGAGUUCUCUCUUCCAAGGUUGAAGACUUUAACCUUAGUGUUCAAGGUGAGUGGGAACUCAUAAUAAAAACCCAGUUGGCUGUUCUCUCUUUUUGUUACGCCGACAAAUUACAGUUAUGGCUGAAGAAGAAGCAAAGACUCAUGAUCACUUGUCUUGUCUCAAUGACCUUUCCUGCAACGAAGAUAACAUGAGUGCUAUUGAACAGCCACUGAUUAAUAAUCAUUGGCCACAGUGUUUAGUGGAACUGGAUGAGCAGCUUGACAAUCAAUAUUGUUGGCUACAUAUUCUGUUAUCUAAGGAAAACGAGACCCAUACCAAGCUCUCUACCUGCUUUCUAAAAGCCGAUAUGUCUCUCAUCGUCAUUUCAGCUCGUCAAGAGGCCGUAAAGUGGAUUUUGGCUGUCAAUUCUUACCAUGAUUUCUCUGCCUUCACUGCAGUUUUGUCAGUCAACUAUCUUGAUCAAUUUCUACUCAGUUUUCAGUUAAGGAGUGACAUGCCCAUGAAGCCUUGGAUGGUGCAGUUAGCUGCUGUAGCUUGUCUUUCUUUAGCAGCUAAAGUUGUGGAGAUCCACGUUCCUCUUCUCUUUGAUCUCCAAGUUGAGAAAUCGGAAUAUUUGUUUAGGCCAAAGUCAAUCCAAAAAAUGGAACUGUUGGUGCUCUCGCUGCUAGAUUGGAAGAUGAACCCAGCCAUCCCACUUUCUUUCAUGAACCACAUUAUCAAAAUGGUUCCCUUGGGAGAUCACCAGCAUUUGGAGUUCUCUGCAUUAUUUAAUCAUCGUGUUCUUUCUCUGCUCAGUGAUUUUAAACUAGUGCAUUAUCGGCCAUCUGUAAUUUCUGCAGCCGUAACACUUCAUGUGAUGAAGCAUAUGGAUGUUGGAGGUGCGAAUUUGGAUUCCUGCAUGAAUGAACUCUGUGGUACUCUUCAGUUCAACAAAGAGAAACUCGAGGCAUGUUAUCAACUCAUCCGGACUUCUUUAGCCAAUGGCAAUAACUACUAAAUCCUUUUUCCUUUCAUUUUUUUCAUAGAUGUGGUCGACUCCAUAUAAUACAACAUAUCAGAUGUAUCUCUUCUAGUCUUUCCAUAGAAAACCGAUAAAAUUGAACGGUAUAGAGAAGAUUA